CUCUAAGUAUGAUGGGACCUCUCUUCAUCUUCACCUUCCCUUUUUUCCCUCUUCUCCUUUAGUUUUAUAAGUAUUUUUUUUCCUCCCUUUUAAAAAAGAAAGGAAAAACACGCACUUCAAAUAACAAAACAAAAACACAAGCUUAAUAUCUCAUCUUUCCCACUCCGAUUAUUCCAAGUAAAAUUACUCAUAUUUUCCCUAUUUGAUUAUUUCUUACUAAUUUACACUACUUUGGAAUUUUAGAUAUAUGGAUGAUGAAAUGUAUGGUUUCCGUUCAACAAGUGAUUAUGCGGACAAAGCGUUGAUGUCACCAGAGAAUUUGAUGAUGGCAGAUGAGUACAACAAUUUCCACAACUAUCACAACAUGGCCAUGAACACCCCUAUGUUUGGAUCCGAUGAUGUUCAAUUAUCAUCGGAUGCUGCUAAUUCUUUCAGUCUUACUACUCCUCAAAAUAAUAAUAUUUAUCAAAUUAGAUAUGGAAAUUGUGGCAGUGGCAGUGGCAGUAGAAAGGAUGAUAAUAAUAACAACAAUGAAGAUUAUGAUGAAGAUGGUUCAAAUAUUAUCAAGGCUAAAAUCGUCUCACAUCCUUAUUAUCCUAAAUUACUCGAUGCUUAUAUUGAUUGUCAAAAGGUUGGAGCACCGCCGGAGAUAGCAAAUCUGCUAGAAGAAAUAAGGCAACAAAACGAUCUUCGUAAACCAAACGCUACUUCCAUAUGCAUAGGAGCUGAUCCUGAACUUGAUGAGUUUAUGGAAACGUACUGUGAUAUAUUGUUGAAGUAUAAGUCCGAUCUGUCUAGGCCUUUUGAUGAAGCAACAACGUUCCUCAACAAGAUUGAACUGCAACUUGGAAAUCUUUGCAAAGAUGAUGGUGGUGUAUCGUCAGAUGAGGAGUUCAGUUGCGGGGAGGCAGAAGGACAAGAUGCAUCAAUGAGAUGUGAGGAUAACGAACUCAAGGACAGACUCCUACGUAAGUUUGGGAGUCAUCUAAGUAGUCUUAAGUUGGAAUUCUCUAAGAAAAAGAAGAAAGGGAAGCUACCAAAAGAGGCAAGGCAGAUGUUACUUGCAUGGUGGAAUGAUCAUUAUAGAUGGCCUUACCCUACGGAAGCUGAUAAAAAUUCACUGGCAGAAUCAACAGGACUGGAUCCAAAGCAGAUCAACAAUUGGUUUAUAAAUCAAAGGAAGAGACAUUGGAAACCAUCAGAGAAUAUGCAGUUAGCAGUUAUGGAUAAUCUUAGUGGCCAAUUCUUCUCAUCAGAUGAUUGAGUUGAAAUUGUGAACCCUGGGCCAUGAUUUCUCUUUUCAUUAUAUUAUAUAUAAAUAUAUAUAUAUUUUUGGGAAACAAGAAAAAGAAAGAAUUUAUUUUAUUAA